UCUGCUAUGGACAAAGGGAAAUGGAAAUCCAAGUUAUCCAAUUAUACCAACCUCAGCGCUGAAGACCUUCAUUCUGGUUUUUUAAACCGCCUGUAUACAAGCCGCGACUUUGAAGCCGGUUUAGUAGGCCUGAUGAAGGAGCGGUAUGAGGCUGAGUUGUCCAAAAAAGACACCCAAAUCACUGAUCUCCAAGGAAACAUCAAGUCUCAGGUAGACGAAACUUGCAAAGUUAAGAGCGAGCUGACCACCGCUUUAACAACCAUGGAGCAGCUGAAGGAAUUCUUCAAAGGCGAACGGGCAGAUUGGGCAACUGAAAAGACCACCUUGUUAAAGCGGGCAGAAGAUGUGGAAAACACCCUUAAACCGGCCACAGAAGAGCUAAGCAGCCUGAAGGGGCAGAUUGAUGCCAUGACCUCUGCCAUCUUUGGUAACAAUCUCUUCACCAAUAUGUAG